AUGGCAAAGCAAAUAAUGUCAAACUUGUUAUUUUUCUCUCUGGCUUUACUAAACAUCACACUCUCCCCCAUACCAAAUUUCGCUUCUGCUUCUUUGGAGGAAGCCAAUGCUCUUCUUAAAUGGAAAGCAAGCCUUGAAAUCCCAAAAAACUCCUUGCUCUCUUCAUGGAUUCCCCUCCCUUUGAAUUCCAGUGCAUCGGUUCCAUGCACUUCUUGGUUUGGAGUAGUUUGUAAUGCUGAUGGGAGCAUUCAGAAGUUGAACCUCACAUCAUCUGGAUUAAAGGGUACACUUCAUCAAUUUUCAUUCUCUUUACUACACAAUCUUACACAUUUUGAUCUCAGUCUAAACAACUUCUUUGGCCCCAUCCCACCAGCAAUAAGACACUUGUCCAAACUUAUCCAUCUUGAUUUUUCAAAGAAUAAGUUUUCUGGAGUAAUCCCACCUGAAACAGGAAACAUGCACCAUCUAACCAUCUUGUACCUAUAUUCAAACAAUAUAUCUAGCUCAAUUUCUUCUUCAUUCGGUAAUUUGACAUCUUUGAAUGUCCUUUAUUUGUACCAAAAUCAACUCUUUGGUCUCAUUCCUGUUGAACUUGGGAAUUUGAAGUCCCUGAAUCAGCUUGAUGUGAGCGACAAUCAACUUAGUGGUUCUAUUCCUUCAUCAUUGGGUAAUUUGACAUCUUUGAAUAUCCUUUCUUUGUGGAAAAAUCAACUCUUUGGUCUCAUUCCUAUUGAACUUGGGAAUUUGAUGUCUCUCACUGAUCUUUGGGUGAACACCAAUCAGCUUAGUGGUUCUAUUCCUACAUCAUUGGGUAAUUUGACAUCUUUGAAUGUCCUUUAUUUGUAUCAAAAUCAACUCUUUGGUCUCAUUCCUAUUGAACUUGGGAAUUUGAAGUAUCUCACCGGUCUUUAUUUGAGUAAGAAUCAACUUAAUGGCUCUAUUCCUUCGUCAUUGGGUAAUUUAACAUCUUUAAAUCGCCUUUAUUUGGACAAAAAUCAACUCUCUGGUCCCAUUCCUACUAAACUUGGCAAUUUGAAGUCCCUGAAUCAGCCUGAUGUGAGCGACAAUCAACUUAGUGGUUUAUUCCUUCAUCAUUGGGUAAUUUGA